UUCAAUUGGACAUUCACUCGCAAAUGGCACCGAUGGAUCGCUUUAGGAUAACACAAGGACGGCUCCAAAUAGGAAUAAGAGGAUAUGCCACACAGCAAGUGCAAUCCUUAACAUUUGCCCAGCGCUUCGGAACACCCAUCAGCACAUUCCUUCUGUACAGCUCCCUAACCCUAAUAUCUCUUCAAUACCUUUGGACACGACUCACUUUUGAAGAGACGCGGUUACGGGAGGACGCGGGAAUGCAGGACUUGACCGAACAGGUGCAAAGGUUGAGAGACGAGAAACUGAAAAUGCAGGCGGGACAACCAGGAAAAGGGGAAGGGGAGCUGCCACAGGGGAAGAAUAAACGAUGGUGGUUAUGGUAGAACAUCGGGGUGCCUUUCCUGCAAUCUAUUUAUUUAUUUCACGCACGUGAAGCAAGGUUCGCAGUUAUCGCAGCAACAAAUGUAUAAGAUGUUUCAUAUUACAAUUUUAGACAGAUCCUGAUGUAGAGGCUAGAAAUUUGUCAAUAUCUUCAUCUUCUGGAUUGAGGUCUCCAACACUUCCGGCAUCAGGGAACGAUGCCAGGUCAUCAAAAUCCAAGUCUCCCUGCGAGACAAAGUCAAUGUUUACUUCCAGACUCAUAUGGCUCAUGUUGUCGGAUAUUGCGUCGAACCGUUCGUCAG